UCAAGCAUCGCUCUGGCACUUCGCCCCGAGCUUCCUGAGAGCAUCCUUGGAUAAACGUCGGUCAGUGUCGCUCCUUGAAUCACCUCAGAAGCUCUAUCAUAUUAACUACUCAUCAAUCUUAAUUAACCUCAUCAUUAACACAAUUAAUUCAAAAAAUCACGUAAAUUAAUUAUCAUUUUUACCAAAAAAAAAAAAAAAUUAGUGAUGUGUGCCGUAAUUUUGGGAUUAAUGUGACUGGCAGUGAUAUAUUAUUUGUGUUAGUGAAAAAAAUAAAUAAGACUUCCGGUAGGGAUUUUAAUAAUUCAUAAUUUUAUAAACUGUGAGAUUGAUUGAAGAUUUUAAAUUAAACGAGACAUUAAUUUUAUUUAACGUGAUUUUAUCAAUUAAGUUUGUGACUACAAGGCUCAUGUUGCAGCUUAGUUGAAUUUUAAGAGUGUGUGUGCAUCCAGACAGGAUGGCGGUUAAAAAUUACAGAUUUUACAUCACCCUUCUGUUGUUAUUACUGGGGAUUUAUUCUGUCAAUACACGAAUUAUUCGUCUAGAAACAACUAAUGCUGAUGUUAUUGUGCCUGAAGGAGAAAAAUUGAUAUUACGCUGCCCAACAGAUUACGAAUCAGACAUAAAUUGGUACAAAGACGCAACUGAAUUGCGCGGUAGUUCACCGCGUAUUCGUAUGCUAAAACAAGCGAUUAAAUUUAAGUAUGUCGAGAUAGAAGACAGUGGAAAUUAUGGAUGUCGUUUAGAAAAUUCAUCAAUACUACAGUGGCGCAAUGUAACAAUUCAAGUUGAACAGCCGCAAAACGAUGGGUUUCCAAAUGAGAGCAGCGAAUUGGGAAGUGUUUUAGGUGCUCUGAGACCUGAAGACGAAACGAAUGAACUGGAACUUCGUUCAAGAAACCUUCCGGAAACACGUUCACUGCAUUUGGACACCGACUUAGACAACGACAAAUCUGAGAACGGAAAUGCCGGCGAUCAUAAUCAUACAGCGCCAGCAAGUCCUCCGAUGUUUAACAAGACUGAUGAGAUGCAUAAUUCAAUUGUUAAACCAGCGGGAAAUAUGCUACGACUUAGAUGCCCAAGUGUUGGUAAUCCCCGACCCAACAUUACGUGGCUUAAAAAUAAUGAGGAACCUAAACGUGCCGUUGGACCGGUUAUUAUGUCCAAAUGGACAUUGAGGGUUGAAGAUCUUGUGGUUACGGACGGUGGGAAUUACACAUGUAUUGUUUGUAACAUUCUUGGGUGCAUCAAUCAUACCUUCAAAGUCGACGUUAUCGAGAGUGUCCAACAUCGUCCGAUACUGACCCAAGCACCAGUUAAUACAACAGCCCUGAUUGGCACCAAUGCGAGUUUUAUCUGCGAGGUUCUGUCAGACGCACAUCGUCAUCUCGAGUGGUACCACGGCCGUCACAAAUCCUUCGAAACUGUCAACGUAACAAAUUCGAGCUUACGGGUCGAGGUUAAGGCUGGAGGAGUUGAUAAUCCAGAAGUUUUGACACUCGUCAAUGUUACGGAAAAAGACGAGGGAUGGUACACAUGUAUUGCUCAAAAUACAUUAGGAGAAACAUUUAGUAGCGCUUAUCUUUCUGUUGUUGAAAGUAUCGAGCCACCACGUGUACCAAUAACAGCACGGCCCCAAUUAUUGCUUUUGAAUAUCCUAGCAGCCGUUUUAUUUGUAUUUUUUGCCGUGGGAGUUGUUGUGGUAAUUUAUAUAUUCCAACGUUUAAAGCGUGAAAAAAUGAAGAAAUUAUUGGCAAUUGAAACAGCUCGGGCUGCAGUAGUACAUCAGUGGACAAAAAAAGUUAUUGUUGAGAAACAAAAUUUGGGUAAUGACCAAAAUGUUCAAGACACAUUGCUGAUGCCGGUUGUUAAAAUAGAAAGACUAAAACCAACAGUUACUUCUGAUGACAGUAACGGCGGAAGUAUUUCAGAAUAUGAAUUACCGCUAGACAGUGCUUGGGAAUUGUCACGGGAACAUUUGACACUGGGUAAUACUCUGGGUGAAGGUGCAUUUGGUAAAGUAGUACGUGCGCAAACAAAUACUGGAAAGCCCGGAAUCCCCAGUGUAGUUGCCGUUAAAAUGUUGAAAGAAGGACACACUGACGCGGAGAUGAUGGAUUUAGUCUCGGAAAUGGAAGUGAUGAAAAUGAUUGGCAAACAUGUUAAUAUUAUAAAUUUACUCGGUGUCUGCACACAGGGUGGUCCACUUUAUGUUGUCGUCGAGUUUGCACCGCACGGUAAUUUACGUGAUUUUUUGCGCGACCAUCGGCCGUCAUCCGGUGGUUAUGAGCCGGCAAUUGGCGGUAAUGGAAUAACUGAUGCCAAAGAAAAAAAAACAUUAACGCAAAAAGAUCUUGUGUCAUUCGCUUAUCAAGUUGCCCGUGGUAUGGAGUAUCUCGCGAGUAGACGUUGUAUACACAGAGAUUUAGCUGCGAGAAAUGUACUUGUUAGCGAUGAAUAUGUACUCAAGAUCGCUGACUUUGGUCUUGCUAGAGACAUACACUGUCAAGAUUACUACAGAAAAACUACAGAUGGUAGACUACCCGUUAAAUGGAUGCCACCUGAAGCGCUUUUCGAUCGCCGUUAUACCACUCAGUCCGACGUAUGGUCGUACGGUGUUCUGUUGUGGGAAAUAAUGACAUUAGGUGGUACCCCAUAUCCAUCAGUACCUUCAGUAGAAAAACUAUUCCAGCUACUGAGAACUGGACACAGGAUGGAAAAACCGCCCUGCUGCUCAAUUGAAAUAUAUAUGCUUAUGCGAGAUUGCUGGAGUUAUCAGGCUAACGAACGACCGAUGUUUGGAGAACUUGUCGAGGAUUUAGAUAGGAUACUAACGAUAACCGCGAACGAGGAAUAUUUGGAUCUCGGUCUACCACAACUAGACACACCACCGUCGAGUCAAGAAUCCAGUGAUGCUGACGAUGAUGAUGAGGAAAAAUUUCCGUACCUGCUCUAAUGACUACCAACUAAUUAAUUGAUCAAUUAAUUGAAUAUAUAUAUGUAAUUUAAAUAUGACAAAAUAAUUAUUUACUGCGUGUUUUUAUCAGUAGAAAAAUAAAUAUCGUUAAUUAUUAAUUUAUUAAUUAAUAAUUAAUGAUAAAUAAAUGACAAAAUACACGCCAAAUAUUAUAAAAUCAGUAUUGACUGUAUAUUUGAGUAGACUACUAAGAUUAUUGAUAAAUAGUAAUAGGAAUGUUUCUAAUUUAACGAUAGAUUUUUCUACAAUAUUUAUUCUUUUUUUUUACUAAUUAAUUAAUUAAUUAAUUGAAUAAAUAAAUAGAUAAUUAAAAUAAAUAAAAGUGCCAUUAAAAGUGCCUUUAAAAAUUCUAAAAUAUUUAAACCAGCGAAGCUUUUUAAA